CUUCUCUUCAGUCUUCCUCUCCUUUUACCUCUGUUACGUCGCCGAUUAUGUUUCUCCCCAUUCAAACGUCGUCGUUUGCUCGUGAAAUAAACCCUAAUUAACAAAAUUUUCGCAAUUCUCACCCCCUUUGUUUCCCUAAAAUUCCAAUUUCCUGCCCUCAAAGGAUCCAUUUUCCCUCCUCAUCUGGAAUCAUUGCAGAUUCGAGAUGAUGUUAAUGAUUCUUUGCUUGUUGUUAUGGUGGUAGAGAUGGAUGUAGCAUAAGUUUGUUGAAGUGGCUUUAGUAUGGAUAUUGAAGUUAUUGAUGCAGAAGAUGCGAUUGUAGGGCAGCACGAUAGUGUUACAGAUGAUGGAGAUGAUGAUCCCCAUGAAAGUGCAGAGUUGAAUGAGGAUGGGGAUGUGGAGCCGUAUGUGGGUCUGGAAUUUGAUUCAGAGGAGGCUGCUAGGGCAUUCUAUGAUGCCUAUGCUAGGCGGGUGGGUUUUAGUAUGCGCGUUAACCAGUAUGGUCGCCCAAGGUCUGAUGGGAUUGUUGCCCGGGAGUAUCUUUGUGCUAAAGAUGGGUUAAAAAGAAGAGGUGGUGAUAGCUGUGAAGCAAUGCUUAGGGUAGAAGUAAAGGGUCAUGGCAAAUGGGUAGUGACCAAAUUUGUGAAGGAGCAUAAUCACUCGAACACAAGUUCCGGCAAGAUGCAUUACAUUAGGCCUCGCAGGUAUUUUGCAGGUGCUCUGAAGCAUAAUGUUGAAACUUACCCUGGACUUGUAAGUGUUCCUAGAGGUGUCAUGUAUGUAUCAGUCGACGCAAACCGUAUUCCUGCUGAAGUUAACCAUGGAAAAUAUGCUCCUCUGGAACUAAAUCAGUCAAUUAAGAAUACAGGACCUUUGAUUUCUACCUCUAGAUAUCCUAAUCAGAAAAGGACACUGGGAAGGGAUGCUCAAAAUCUGCUUGAUUAUUUUAAGAAAAUGCAAGCUGAGAAUCCUGGAUUCUAUUAUGCAAUACAACUCGAUGAGGAUAAUCGCAUGGCCAAUGUAUUCUGGGCAGAUGCAAGGUCAAGAACAGCAUAUAGUCAUUUUGGCGAUGCUGUCAGACUGGACACAACUUACAGAGUGAACCAAUGUAAAGUACCAUUUGCUCCAUUUACAGGAGUGAACCAUCAUGGUCAGACAAUUCUAUUUGCUUGUGCGCUGCUUCUAGAUGAAUCCGAGGCUACAUUUCUUUGGCUGUUUAAGACCUUUCUUGCUGCCAUGAAUGACCGUGCCCCUGCUUCUCUAGUUACUGAUCAGGAUAAAGCUAUGAAGGCAGCAGUGGCUCAUGUCUUUCCAGAAUCCCGACAUUGUAUUAAUAAAUGGGAUGUUUUAAGAGAAGGCCAAGAAAAGAUGGCUCCUGUAUGUCAUAUGCAUCCCAACUUUCAGAUGGAACUGUAUAAUUGCAUUAAUUUGACACAGACAAUUGAGGAAUUUGAAUCAGCUUGGGAUUCUAUCCUUGAUAAAUAUGACCUAAAAGGAAAUGAUUGGCUUCAAUUGUUGUAUAACAUCCGCAGACACUGGGUGCCAGUUUACUUUCGAGAUUCUUUUUUUGCAGUCAUAUCUCCCAAUCAGGGAUUUGAGAGUUCAUUUUUUGAUGGUUAUGUUAACCAGCAGACCACCUUACCUAUGUUCUUUAGGCAAUAUGAAAGAGCUUUAGAAAGUUCAUUUGAAAAGGAAGUAGAAGCUGAUUUCAAUACAAUAUGCACCUCUCCAGUUCUGAGGACACCAUCACCCAUGGAGAAACAAGCAGCAAAUCUUUAUACCAGGAGAAUUUUCACAAAAUUUCAAGAAGAAUUAGUUGAGACAUUUGUCUACACUGCAAAUAGGAUUGACGGUGAUGGGGCUAUUAGCACAUACAGAGUUGCAAAAUUUGAGGAUGACCAUAAAGCCUAUAUUGUCUCAUUAAAUGUUCCAGAAAUGAAAGCAAAUUGCAGUUGCCAGAUGUUCGAGUACUGUGGUAUUCUUUGUAGACAUGUUUUGACUGUUUUUACAGUGACAAAUGUACUUACGUUGCCAUCCCAUUAUAUCUUGAAGCGUUGGACUAGAAAUGCAAAAAUUGGAAGUGGAUCUGAUGAUCGUGGGGAGUUAAAUGGCCAUGAGUCACUGACAUCCCGUUACAACAAUCUGUGUAAAGAAGCAAUCAGAUACGCAGAGGAUGGGGCUAUAGUUCCAGAGACAUAUAACUUUGUGCUUAGUGCUCUUAAAGAAGUAGGGAAGAAAGUUGGUGUUCUGAAGAAAAAUGUGGCCAAGGUUGCACCUCCCAGCUCACAGGUAACUGGAGUGGGUUAUGAUGAUCAUGGAACAUCUACAUCAGCAUCAGAUACCCCUUUGCUGUGGCCAAGACAAGAUGAAAUGAUACAACGUUUUAACCUUAAUGAUGCUAGCACCCAAUCUGCUGAGGUGAAUCUUCCUCGUAUAGCACCUGUUUCUCUUCAUCGUGCGGACAAUCCUGCUGAAAAUACGAUGGUUCUUCCCUGUCUUAAGUCGAUGACUUGGGUGAUGGAGAAUAAAAAUUCAAUACCUGCAAAUAGAGUUGCUGUAAUAAACUUGAAGUUACAAGAUUAUAGCAGGAGUCCAUCCGGAGAAUCAGAGGUAAAGUUUCACCUCUCACGGAUCACUCUAGAGCCGAUGUUGAGGUCUAUGGCCUACAUCAGUGAGCAACUUAAUACCCCUGCUAAUAAGGUUGCUGUUAUCAACCUAAAGCUUCAAGACACCGAAACAACUUCAGGAGAGUCAGAGGUGAAAUUCCAAGUGUCGAGGGAUACUUUAGGUGCUAUGUUGAGAUCAAUGGCCUAUAUCCGUGAGCAGCUUUCGAGUGCGGUGGAGCCACAACAGCAAAUUCCAUCAAAAAAGCAGCGGAGAUAAAUUUUCCAUGUUCCACCCAGCUUUGUGAUUAUAUCACCUUUGUAGAUUAGAAGUGUUGACUAAAUGUUAACCCCCAAUUGAGUCUGUUUCACUAGAUGAAGUAAGUUCGCCUUUCGUGCCUUUCCCUAGAAGAAUUUUCUUCUAUACAUUUGUACAGCAAGGUUCAAGGACUGAAUUCUUUUCUCAGGCAUUACAUGGCGUAAAUUCAACGAUGGUACAGAUGAGAAUAGUGUGUAUGCUGCUAGAUAUUUUUAUAGGAAAAUGAGUGGGCUGUGGCCUGUUUUCUUGCACAUAA